AUGGAGAGAGCCGUGACCACCCGUCCCGAAGGAGCUUUGCCCCGAGAGAAAGAAGUCAGUAAUGCCAUUGUUGUUGUCCUUUUUUUUUUCUCUCUCUCUCUCUCUCUCUCUUUUCUCUUUAAGAUUUUCCUCUUGACAUUUUUUUUUCUAUUUUACUUUUACGAUUGUUUUCUUUUCUCUGUUUUGCAAUUUUUCCCCCAUGUUUUUUUUUCUUUCACUCUGAAACCUUUUUCCUCGGUUAUUGUCGGUGUUAACUGUUGUUGUUGUUUUUGUUUUUUUUUGUUUUUUGUUUUUUUACCGGAUCUGGCUAUCUUUCUCUCUCACGCUCUUUCAUUUAUUUUGAUCUCUCACUCACUCUCUCGAUUAUUUUCUUUACCGAUCCCUCUCGACACAUGUUCUCUCUCUCUGUGUGAUCUCCCUGUGCUCUCAAUCCUCACUCUCAUUCUCUCUGCUCUCUCUCUCUCUCUCCCGUGCUUUUACCCCUGA